GAAUGGCCACCUCCAAGAACAGCCUGUCUCUGUCUCCGCUGGUCGUCUUCCUCCUCGGGGCGGCUUCGGCCACCGUGCUGCUCCUCUUCCUCCUGACGGCGACGGCGAGGCCCGCAUGGCCCGCGCUGGAGACCGGUCCUCAGAAGUGGGGAGGUCCCUGGCUCCAGGUAGCGUGCGCUGCAGUACUCCACGAGCGAACGGCACGGUCGUCGUCGCUGCAGAGCAACACACCGGCGGAGUAAGAGCUCCGGCGAAUGAGGCGGGCGCGUCUGAUUCCGAUGACGAUGCGGAUGAGUUUGCGCGGAUGCUGCGGCGAGCGGCGAUGGAGGACCGGACGGUGACUGCGACGUCGGUGAACGAGGCGUGGGCGGCGCCGGGGUCGCUGCUGACUCUGUUCCUGGAGAGCUUCCGCGUGGGCGAGAACGUGUCGCACUUCUUGAAGCACAUCGUGGUGGUGGCCAUGGAUGACGGCGCGUUCCGGCGGUGCCAGGCCGUGCACCCGCACUGCCACCUCCUCCGGCCGGAGAAGGCGGGGCUCGACCUCUCCGGCGCCAAGAGCUACAUGACCAGGACUACCUCGACUCGUGUGGAGCAAGCCAAGCUGCAGCAGCGCAUCCUCGAGCUCGGCUACAACCUGCUCUUCACGGCACGCGUUCCGUUCACGCAGGACGUGGACGUGGCGUGGUUCCGGAACCCGCUGGUGCACAUCACGAUGGCGGCGGACAUCACGACGUCGAGCGACUUCUACUUCGGCAACCUGGACGACCUGGGCAACUUCCCCAACACGGGCUUCAUCUACGUUAAGUCGACGGCCCGGACCAUCCGCGCCAUGGCGUACUGGCACGCGGCGCGGCGGCGGUUCCCGGAGAACCACGACCAGUUCGUGUUCAACGAGAUCAAGCGGGAGCUCGCGGGCAGGCUGGGCGUCCGGAUCCGGUUCAUCGACGCCGCCACCGUCAGCGGCUUCUGCCAGCUGGGCAGGGACCUCAACCGCAUCGCCACCGUGCACAUGACCUGCUGCGUCGGGCUGGAGAACAAGCUGUUCGACCUCAGGAGGGGUGAUCGCGGACUGGAAGCGUUACAUGGCGCGCCGCCUGCCGGAGCGCCAAAUGGGGAAGAUCGGAUGGACGUUCGAGGAGGAAGAUGCAUACACUGA